UAAAACCGGCCCAUUUAAAACGCAAGAAGGACUCCUAUAUAAUACACCAUUUAAAACCCUAAUAUCUUUUCUCCCUUAUCACACUUUGCACGUUGAGCUGCUUCUUGGUGCUCUUGAGCAGCAACUGAAGUUGAUCCAAAAAUGAAGUUUAAUAUCGCGAAUCCAACUACUGGUUGCCAGAAGAAGCUUGAGAUCGAUGACGAUCAGAAGCUUCGGGCGUUUUUUGACAAGAGGAUCUCUCAGGAGGUUGCUGGAGAUGCUUUGGGCGAGGAAUUCAAGGGCUACGUUUUCAAGAUCAUGGGAGGUUGUGAUAAGCAAGGAUUUCCAAUGAAGCAGGGUGUUCUAACUCCUGGCCGUGUUCGUCUCUUGCUUCAUAGAGGUACUCCAUGUUUCCGUGGAUAUGGAAGACGUAAUGGAGAGCGCAGAAGGAAGUCAGUCCGUGGAUGCAUCGUUAGUCAAGACCUCUCUGUUUUGAACUUGGUUAUAGUGAAGAAGGGUGAGAAUGAUUUGCCUGGUCUGACUGACACUGAAAAACCAAGGAUGAGAGGUCCAAAGAGGGCAUCCAAGAUUAGAAAGCUCUUCAACCUUUCCAAGGAAGAUGAUGUCCGGAAAUACGUCAACACUUACCGGAGGACUUUCACAACAAAAUCUGGCAAGAAGGUCAGUAAAGCUCCAAAAAUCCAGAGGCUGGUAACUCCAUUGACACUCCAGAGGAAGCGUGGUAGAAUCGCAGAAAAGAAGAAGAGAAUUGCCAAGGCCAAGUCUGAGGCAGCCGAGUACCAGAAGCUUCUUGCCACAAGGUUGAAGGAGCAGCGGGAGCGCCGUAGUGAGAGUUUAGCAAAGAGGAGGUCGAAGCUCUCUUCUGCUGCUGCUAAGCCUUCUGUUGUAGCUUAGAUUGGUUUUGAAGUCUCGGUUGACAAUGGAAACGGUUGGUACUCCGUUUUCAUCGCCUCAUAUGCCGAAGAUAAUUUUGCUUAAUUUUCAAUGUUUUUGCUAUUUUAAAUAUUGAAGAGUUGGCUUGAGUGGUUUUUUUUUUGUGAAGGUUGAGUUUGAUAUUCUAUAAAUAAUGUUGAUUUUCA